UCACUUAGUCUUGCUAUAACCGUGUGCCACAACGGAUACUAAACGUGUGUGCUUGAAAAGAUUCUGUGUUUAUUGCUGGAAAUUAAAAUAAGAAUAAUAUAUUUCUCAAUCUUCCGAGCAAAAAAUGUUUUCGUUUCUUUGCUUAUUUCGAAAUUCGAACUUAACGUGAAAUUAUGGGAAAAAUACGUAGAUGUUUGUAUUUACUCGGUGUGAUAACUUUGAUUUUAUGCAUUUUUAUGGAGGCUAUAGAAGCGGGCUUUCCUUACUGCGAAUUCAUUUUCGAUCUGCGUUUAUCGCGUCAUUUCACCUCAUUCCCCGAUUGCUAUGAAAUACGCUGCAAUGAGACCUUCAGCUUCAUCGGACCCUGAGACUAAACAAGAUUUAAUUAUUAAGUAAAUUUAAAACAUAUUAUUAUAAAG